AUGGCAGAACCGACAGACCCCAAUCCAGGCGAGUCGGCCAAUCUCCCGGCUGAAACGAUUGCUUCAGCGCCGACGGCAAGUGAGCCACCUGCGCCGACUGAGCAACCUUCAGAGGAAGCAAAUGCGCCUCAGCCAGAGUCAAACCGGGUUCCGAUGCCAACGACUGAGCCUCAACCGCAACCUUCCCCAGCGCCGCCAGCGCCUUCAGCGUCAUCACAACCUCCAGUACCUUCAGAGCCUCCGGCACCUUCAGCGCUGCCUACCACAAAUAUAAAUGCAAACCAACAAGAGGCUACCAGCACCUCUGCGGAAGAACCCAGCCAGUCAGUACCUGCGCCAAGUGUUACCACGUCCUCCGUGAUAUCUUCACUUCCAGCAAUGGACACAUCUCUCCCACCUAUCGAUACCUCUCACUCUUUGGAUGAUAACGACCUCCCUUCAUUUGACGCGGCUCUUCGUGCUGUGGCCUCUUCAGCAGGGCCUGAUCUGUCGCUCCCGGCGAUUGACACAACCCUGCCCUCACUGGACGCGUCCCUACCGGCGAUUGGAACGGACAUUCCGACAAUGGAUCAUCCAUUCGGUGAAGAUAGCCCCUUUGGGCAUCACGAUCCACACGAUGAGUCUGGAAACACGAUGGAUGUACACCACGACACAACGCAUCAAGGAUCCAUCAAUGGCUCUACGCAUUAUCAGGCGCCAUCUAAUGACAACUACCAGACGUCGUCGAAUGGCAACUACCAGUACACUCAGAACUCGCAGCAGGAUGGGCGGCAACAAUCACAGGGCUCGCCCCAGCACCAGUACCAGUCUCAACCCCAGCAGAGCUAUCAACAGCAUACCUCUGAUAUGUACCACAAUACAGGCGGGGGCUUUGCAAGUGUCAAUGCAAAUUCGAGCAACAAUGGCCAGGGACAACCUGGCCAAGUGCCUCAAGCACCGAUCGGAUCUCCCAUGCCAUCUAACAUGCCUCCAAUGGCGUCUAUGGGGCAGUAUAUGACCGGUUAUCCAUCAAAUGUGUCUCCCUCAGGCAUGAAUUCGAACCCACAGAUGCCAUACUCGCUUCCUGGGGAUGCAAGUAAAAUGCUUUCGGGAGGACGACAUAAGAAAGAAGUCAAGCGACGCACGAAAACUGGGUGCUUGACCUGUCGCAAGCGACGAAUUAAGUGCGACGAAGGACAUCCGGUUUGCAGAAAUUGUGUGAAGAGCAAGCGCGAGUGUUUAGGCUACGACCCAGUGUUUCGCCCUCAAGCGUCUGCUCCGUCGGCUAUUCAGCCAGCUCCAAAUCCUCAGGCGCCGUCACUUGUCGUCAACCCUCAAGGCCCUCCUGUGCCCCCAGCGCCUUCAUACCCUUCUGCGCCGCCUGGGUACAUGCCCGCUUCAUCACAGCCUUUCGCGCCGUCUCUUCACUCUGAAUCUCCCAGCGCCUCGACUGACCAGCACGACAACGGAGCUGGCAUUGACCAUUCCAUCGCGACAAGUAACGCAUCACAUCCUGCAGCUAUGCAGUCUACCAAUGAAUUCCGGCCCCAGGGCUCCGAUAUGGUCUACAAAGCCAAGAACCUAAAUAUUAAUGAUUUGAUCGCUUUGCGGGGCAUUCCGCCACCGGCUCCCCAUCCUAUCGGGUCCCUUCCUCCCGGCCGCCUCGAAGAAAUCCAAGCUGUGUUCCUGGCUACAUAUGCCCCGGCAAUUGACAAGUUGCUAGAAGUUCGAUGGUACACAGAGAAGGCGCUGUCCACUCUUAUGGCGGAUACGCAGCUCAUGGCAGACUACUCGGCUUUGAUCAAUGCGUUCAACGAUUGGAAUCUCAAUGACGGAAACACGGUCGCCCGAUUGGAGAGCUUUGAGGCUUCGAUCAUUUGGAGAAGCAUGACCCUGUGUCGGCAGGUGCAGACCUCAGAGAAUGGGCAACAUGGUCAAGACUGGAAUUUGAUUGCGGCAACUACGCGCCUCAACGCUAUCGAGGCUGUUCUCACCUGGACUCACCUUGAUCAGAACUCUCUGUCGCGUACGCUGAGAACGGAGGCUGCAACCCCACCCCACCAGCCAGAUCAGUUCAUGCAGCGGCAAUUAGACUUUUGGAGCGAACUCGGCGAGUUCCUCACGCUUCACGACAAUGAAGCCAGCUCGGCCAAGCAGAUUGACGAUACGUUGGGGCGAUGUCGCCAAUUGCUUGAUACCUAUGAAAAUCGCGACAUUAUCUACUCCAUCGCCAUUACACGGCAUCUCGGCCAACGCUGGGCCGACUUCCCCAACAGCCUUCCCAAGGUCGGAUAUACCGCUGAGAAGGAGUCCGGCACCAAGCUGUUCGUCGCGCAAAAAUUCAUUGAAGAAGAGGCUGAGGGCAAGGGUACGACACAAAUCUACAAGCGCAUCUGCUGCAUGGCAGUCCGCUCUUGGUGGGUUGCCCGCGAGUAG